AUGAGCAAAGAUAAAACAGACAAUAGAAACAAAGGACUUACCUGUUACUUGAAAAAACAUCUUUCUUUUUCUCUUCCUUUUCUUUUCCUUUUCCUCUUCCUUUUUUUUUCUUUCCUUUUCCUCUUCCUUUUUUUUGUUUUUCUUUUCCUCUUCCUUUUUUUCUUUUUCUUUUUUUUCUUUUCUUUUCCUCUUCCUUUUUUUUUUCCUUUUUUUCUUUUUUCUUUUCCUCUUCCUUUUUUUUCUUUUUCUUUUCCUCUUCCUUUUUUUUCUUUUUCUUUUCCUCUUCCUUUUUUUUCUUUUUCUUUUCCUCUUCCUUUUUUUUCUUUUUCUUUUCCUCUUCCUUUUUUUUCUUUUUCUUUUCCUCUUCCUUUUUUUUCUUUUUCUUUUCCUCUUCCUUUUUUUUUUUUUUUUUUCCUCUUCCUUUUUUUUUUUUUCUUUUUUUCUUUUUCUUUUUCUUCCUUUUUUUUUCUUUCCUCUUCCUUUUUUCUUUUCUUUUCCUCUUCCUUUUUUUUCUUUUUCUUUUCCUCUUCCUUUUUUUUCUUUUUCUUUUCCUCUUCCUUUUUUUUCUUUUUCUUUUCCUCUUCCUUUUUUUCUUUUUCUUUUCCUCUUCCUUUUUUCUUUUUCUUUUCCUCUUCCUUUUUUUUUUUCCUUUCCUCUUCCUUUUUUCUUUUCCUUUCUUUUUUUUUUUUCUUUUCUCUUUCCUUUCUUUUCCUUUUUUUUUUCUUUUUCUUUUCCUCUUCCUUUUCUUUUAGUGUCUCUCAUGUUUUUAUUUUCUCUUUUCCUUGCUGGGUAGAAAGUUUAUUGGUGAAAUGGAUUUCCUUUUGGGUUCCUUUCUUUCUUUUCCUUUUUCAUCUUGUGAUAAUACUUGAUGUACGAGUUCCCUGCACCCCAGUUGCCCGACUGAACAACCACCGGGCCUGUGUCAAUGGCAUUGCAUGGGCUCCUCAUUCAAGCUGUCAUAUCUGCACCGCCGCCGAUGACCACCAGGCUCUUAUAUGGGAUAUUCAGCAGAUGCCAAGGGCCAUCGAGGAUCCAAUCUUGGCUUACACAGCAGCUGGAGAGAUCAACCAGAUCCAAUGGUCAUCUACUCAACCUGACUGGAUUGCUAUUUGCUACAACAACUGUUUGGAGAUUCUCCGUGUCUGA